AUGGCUCGGUUCAUGGCUCGGUUCAUUUGUGGCCUGGCUCGGUUCAUGGCUCAGUUUAUAUUGAACCGUGAGAUUGCCAAUAUUGUUGAGUUGCAUCACUACGUGGAGCUUGACAAUGUGGUACACAUGGCAAUGAAAGUUGAAAGACAACUCAAGAAAGGAGUGCGAUCAUCUUCCAAGUAUGAGGCUGCGAGAUCAUGUCAUAUUGCUUCUCAAUGCCCAAACAAGCGAUCAAUGAUCAUGUUGGAUAAUGGGGAGAUCGAAACUGAAGAGGAAGAUGAAGGAAAUGAGUCCACUCCAUCAGUUGAAGAUACUAGUGAUGUUGAGCUUAUUGUUGAUGGCCAAGCUCUUGUUGUGCUAAGAGCUCUCCAUAUGCAAGCCAAAGAAGAUGAUGACGGGCUCUAUGUUAAUGUGGCAAGCAAGUUAAUGGUGGACAAGCUUAGCCUACCUACCUUGAAGCAUCCAAAGCCGUAUAAACUCCAAUGGCUCAAUGACAGUGGAGAAAUGAAGCAAUUUGAUAGACGGACCACACAUGAUGGGUACAAGAACCGCUACAGCUUCAACAAGGAUGGUAGGAACAUUACAUUUGCACCUUUGACACCUCGUCAAGAUUUUAAGGAUGUCUUUUCCGAGGAUACACCACCUGGGUUACCAACCAAAAGACGAAUCGAGCAUCAGAUUGAUCUCAUUCCGAGAGCUUCCAUUCCAAACCGACCAGCUUAUCGAAGUAGUCCAGAAGAGACCAAAGAGCUUCAAAGGCAAGUCGAAGAACCUAUGACCAAAGGACAUGUUCGUGAAAGCAUGAGUCCCUGUGUUGUGCCUGUGCUGCUGGUUCCAAAGAAAGACGAGACUUGGAGGAUGUGUGUGGAUUAUCGAGCUGUAAACAAGAUAACGGUAAAGUAUCGUCACCCUAUUCCUCGCUUAGAUGUCAUGCUUGAUGAAUUACAUGGAUCCACUAUAUUUUCUAAGAUUGAUUUGAAGAGUGGGUAUCAUCAAAUUCGAAUUAAGGAAGGGGAUGAGUGGAAAACAACUUUUAAGACAAAACAGGGGCUAUAUGAAUGCAAGAGUUUGCAUGACCAUAUUGAUAAUUUGAAAUGUGUGCUUGAAGCUUUGAGGCGUGAAAAAUUGUUUGCUAACCUUAAGAAAUGCAGCUUUUACGUAGAUAAGCUUGUUUUCCUUGGAUUUGUUGUUAGUUCCAGAGGCGUGGAAGUUGAUGGGAGAAGGAGGUUUGUGCCAAAUUUCAGCACCAUCGCUGCCCCUUUAACAGAAAUCAUCAAGAAGAAUAUUGGAUUUAAGUGGGGAGAGGCACAAGAGAAAGCCUUCAACGCAUUAAAAGAAAAGCUAAGUACUGCUCCUUUACUACUACCAGAUUUUUCUAAGAUUUUUGAAAUCGAAUGUGAUGCUUCUGGUAUUGGUAUAGGUGCUGUUGGUAAAUUGAAUAGUAGACAUGCUCGUUGGAUUGAAUUCAUUGAAAUGUUUCCUUAUGUGAUCCGAUACAAGCAAGGAAAAGAGAAUGUGGUAGCAGAUGCUUUGUCAUGUAGGUACACCCUUAUCUCUACCUUAGGGUCAAAGUUUCUUGGAUUUGAGCACCUAAAGGAAUUGUAUGUGAAUGAUGCUGACUUUGCUGAUAUCUUUAAAGCAUACGAAAAGGAUUUAAUUCCAUUACCUGUGGAUGAGAUUGCUAGCCUUAAAGGUCAAGAGAAGGUUGAUUUGGUGAAAAGGAUCCAUAACAAGGCAAGGCAACACAUGCUGAGGAGGAAUGAGCAGAUUGCAACCCGUGCCAACAAGGGACGAAAGUCGAUUACUUUUCAACCUGGAGACUGGGUCUGGGUUCAUUUUCGAAAGGAGCGAUUUCUAAAACGAAGGCAAUACAAGCUGAACCCAUGUGGUGAUGGACCAUUUCAAGUACUGGAGAAAAUCAACGACAAUGCAUACAAGUUGGAUCUUCCAGAUGAGUACCAAAUUCGAGGACGAAUCCUUUUGAGGAAGGAGGGGAUGAUACAACUCCGAAUCAGCUCUAAGCCAAUGAGACAUGGCUACAAGUCGAGAUGUACAUCCCGAACCACGAGGAGCAUGAAGAGGACUUGCACGUGGCAACUGAGCUGA